GAAAGUCCAAGCGCACUUAAACUUAGACAGAACGUCACCAUGGCCGCCAUUUUGAAUCUUCAUCUUGAAAGAAAUUGUAAAUGAAGACGAAAAUAUAAACCUUUUCAAUCCCAAAACUGUUUCCUUCUACGAAUUUUUAUUGGCCCACAAAAGAAUUCAAAUUUGGCUUACUUUUUGGUUAUUUGCAUGAGAAUCUCUCCUUAAAACAUUUUUUUAUUUAUUAUUCACAUCUUGUGAAAAUCUAAAACACUCACGGCACCGUCGAUCUAACUCUCACGUUGAACAAAAGUAUUAAAUAAAAAAGAUCCUACCCCGAGUGAAACACAAACCAAAAGAAAUAUUAAAGUUCGACGAAUUUACUCACAUAUGUUUUAUAUAGCCUAUUAAAAAGGGUAAUAGGAAUAUAGGGUAAUUUUAAAUCUAUGUGCUAAUACGAUGAACGAAGAUGACCACCAUUGUUCCAAUUAACGGUUUCAAGGGAUAAUAGUAGCAGAGCAAAAAUAGACUCAACACUCUACUUGAAUUAAGUGUAUUCUACGUCACACUGGCUAUGUCCUUGAUAUUACCCACCGCCUUUUUAAGAACAUAAACAAAUGAAUACAGGCUUCUGGAAUAGACCUCCUUACUAUCAGAUUGGCCGUGAACAACUGUUGUGGCCCAAUUCAAUUGCUUCUUUGUAUACAUGUUUUUAUUUUUUGACAAGAGUACAUUGCGCUUGUGAUUAUCGCGAACAUUUUAAUCAAUGCAAUUAUUAUUUGGCAGUUUUUUCGAGUGCUGAUCAUGAUGUACACUAUGGUAAAUCACAGAGUGAAAUUUCGAGAAUGAUGCCAAUUAGGUAUUGCAUGACAUGCUUCAAGAAUUUAAUAAAAUUGAAUUAAAAGCUAAUAUGCCAUUGAAAGUGAUUACCACGAUAGAUCUGCUUUCGUGAUGGUAACGCUUAUAUCCUGCAUUCUCAGAAUACUAUUUUUGAAAUCGAUUUCUCAUGCACAAUUGCAUUGAAAGUUUACAAAGAAUUACAACUAUAUUUAUAUAGCAAAACAGAGCACAAAAAUAAUAGCAAAAAUGUGGUUUUUAUCUAAACAUUACGCCAAAUGUGUGUCAUGUUCGGAAAAUGUUUGUGGUUGGCUCCAUCAUCUUGUAUUGAUCACAUACUUGUUCCAUUCUUCAAAAUUGUCCCUGGUGAUAUAAAAUAAAUUUUAACUUAUCCUGUCCAAACAAAAACAAUGCUUUUAUGUCCCUCCGUGCAACACUCCUCACAUUCGUUUUAGUUCGGACAUGAAUCGUAUAAAUUUCUUCUGUUACACGUUUCACACCAUCCAUUCGCAUGUGAAGUAAUUGCUGUGAGUGCCUCCCUAAUUUCGUAUCAGUUAUUUAAAUAGAAUUUAGUAUGAAAAUAGCUAACAAAAACAAAGAACAAUCACCGCUUCUCGCACAGAGUAAUCCACGAAGCUGUAGCUGGAACGUCCUGCAAUGUAUAACGAUCGAACCGGUAGUUCUGUUGCACACUUUCGGAUGGAGUAUCUCCGAGGUGAUGCUUAUCAAUCAGAUCAUAUUUCAAUCAUGUGUUGUGACGCUCGACUCCAACAUAUGUGCGAACUUAGGAACCGACGACGUUGGCGUUUAUCUAGAAGAAAUUGUUCAACCGUUGGCGUCGGCGAUUUCGAUGACCAUUGCUGUACUUACUUCUGUAGUUCCUGCUUUAAUAGCAUUGUUUUUCGCUCCAUGGUCGGAUAAAUUUGGCAGAAAAGGAAUUAUUGCAGCUGCUUCGAUUGGAUAUUUGAUCACUGAUUUAAUGGUGGCAUUGGUUAGUUAUUUGUCAUCCUACUACAUAGUAAGUCCGUGGUUCUACGUUGUGGCCAAUAUCCCGGUAGCUGUUUUGGGGGGCUUUUCAGUAUUUUAUGUCGGAGUGUACAGUUUUCUACACGACGUAACGAAUGAACAAAACAGAACCAUUCGAAUGGGAAUUUUGCACGGAUGUUCGUUGUUUGGAAUCUUGAGUGGUUUGUUAGUCAGCAGCCGUCUCAGUAUGGUAAUAUCACUCACAGUGAUGUUCAUUAUCUCGGCAACUACGGCUCUGAUAAGCAUUGUUUACCUGGUGUUCGUAAUUCAAGAAAGUGUAUUAGUAGACCAAUCAUAUACUACGAUAGAGAAACUAAAAGCUGCGUUCAACAUAAGCUAUGUGCGGACAAUGCUGAACACGUUUACGAAAAGUCGGCCUAAGUACGAACGAUCAAUCACAUGGCUUCUGAUCGCGAUUGGCGGAUUGGUUGAAUUUGCUAUUGCUGGACGAGUUCUGUUUUUUCUGUACACUAGACAUGAGUUUAGGUGGAACACCACUACCUACAGUCUUUGGCUGGCUGCUGAAAUGGGAACGAUGAUUCUAGGGAAUAUUUUAGGAAUCGCUAUGCUGAAGAGAAUGUUUAACAUUUCCGACAUUGGCAUACUAACUAUUUCAACUAUCAACCACCUAGCAGACUAUCUACUCAAAGGAAUCUCUACACAAGGCUGGCAACUAUACCUUACUACGAUUUUAACACCAUUCAAGGGCGUUGAUGGAGCCGCUAUAAGAGCCCUUCUAUCGAAUAUUCUGCCCGCGGAAGAUAUAGGGCAAAUUUAUGCAAUGGAUUUGUGCAUUAAGGCUUUUAUACCACUAAUAGCGGCAUUCUCACUAACAUAUGUUUAUAACUCCACCAUUGAUACGGCUCCUUCGACAUACUUAUUUGUAACGGGCGCAACGUUCGUGCUAAAUCUACUGUUUAUCGGGGUAGCACACAUUUUGCUUAAGCUGAGGGAACGUCAUUCAAGUUUGGAACGGAGAGAAUUUGAUAGUAACUAUUACGUUCAUCAAUAGAAUAUGGUUUAUUUUUUAAGAUUAUAUCAGCCUUUCAUUAUGAAAAUAGUAAUGGAACUGUAACAAGCAAAUAAAUUAUUUCGGAAUAGUAGAAA